AUGUUCCAGGAGCUGAACCCCGUAACGAAACAGUUGCAAGAUGACCUGGCUCACGAACGGACUCGGCGUUAUGAGCCUGAGGAUCUUGUAAGGGAUAAUUACAAUUCCCUAACGCACGAUCAUUCGGACGAUCGUGCUGCAUUUUCGUUCGCACAACUUGAGAACGAACUUUCGACUCGUUUUCUUCGUGACGAGCUGGCUGUAGCUCGUCGAGACAUCGCUCAACUGCGUGAACAGGUCGCUUCGCUAGUCGACCAGACUGGCUCGUUGAAACGGGACCACUCGAAUGUGGCCUCGGCUCCCGACCGCGGAGGUGUUCUUCGCAUCUCGAAACGGGCUCGUACUGAUAGUACGGGCGGAGACGACCAACGUAAAACGUAG